UUUUAAAAACGAAAUUUACCAGAAUUUUGAUUUUUCUCCUUAAAAUUGUUAUGUAUGUUCGCAUUUUUAUGAGAGAACGUACGAUUCAAAAACAAAAACAAAAAAAAAAAAAAAAAAAAAAAAAAAAAACCAAUAGGCAAGUGAAGAACAAAAUUUAAAUAUUUGUAAAAAAUGAAGCCAAGAUGAUUAAAUACUGUAUUAAUUUGAUUUGCUUGUUUCCUGCAUAGUUCGGCAUUGUGCAACAAUCCGAAAUAGAAUUUCUGUGCUUCGACUAUCAAAUCGUGUUCUGUAUAUUUCGGAUUAUAAUGUAUCGUUAAUAUUAUUGCAUAUAUUUUAUAUACAUAACGGUGCUUUUCUAUAUGAAAUAUUCUCUUGUUGAUCAGAAUGGUGAAAGAUAUGCAGGCCAAAGUUUUAUAUGAUUUUGAAGCCCAGCCUGAUUCUGGAGAGUUGAGCAUUUGGACAGGUGAAAUUGUAACCGUUACAAGACAGGAUGUUGGUGGUGGUUGGUGGGAAGGUAAAAAUAGUAAUGGAGAUUGUGGUUUAUUUCCAUCAACAUAUGUUGAGAUUCUAAACAAUUCUGUAUCUGAUGGAUCUGGGCAAUCAUCACUUCGUACGUCUGAAUACUCUGCUGAUGAUAUGCAGGUAUUAAGUAGGCAAGAGAAUGAAACAACUCAAGACUGGGAGGAUAGCUGGGAUGAAGAUGUUGGUGCUAAUCAGGGGAAAGGUAGUGAUACUGGAAAAGAUACACAAGCUGGUUUUCUUUCAAUUCCUUCAAUGGAAAAGAAAAGUAGCAGCACUGGAGACUUAACUGUUAUUGCUCGAGGAGAUGCAGGUGGAAAGCUGGGCAUUAAAAAAAGUUUCAAUCGGUUUUCCGCAUUUGUAAAAUCUGGUGGAGAAAUGUUUAUUUUAGGGGAAACAAGUGUUAAUGUAUCACCUGAAGAUUACGUUGAAAUCAUAGAAGAAGAUGGAGUAAUAACUUGGACAAGAUCUGGUGAAUCCUAUAGCUGUACAGUUUCUAAGCCAAAAAAAGAAAGCAAAUUAAGAGGUCUGAAAAGUUACAUUGCAUAUCAGAUCACUCCUUCAUUCUCAAAUAUUGAAGUCAGUCGCCGUUUCAAGCACUUUGAUUGGCUUCACGAGCGGUUGGAGACAAAAUAUGCACUUAUUCCUAUUCCACCACUCCCAGGAAAACAGUUCUCAGGUAACUUUAGUUUGUUAUAGAAAUUUUGCUCUAUUAUUUAUGUGAAGUGUUGGCAAUUUUUGUUAUUUUAUGUUAUUAAUGUUAAACAACGGAACUGAAAACUACUGUGAUCUAGAAAAUCACUUUUCAGCUGUUGUAAACUUUAUAUGCUUUCAAAAAUCAUUUUUUUAAAGGCAUGCUAGGUAUUUUAGUCACACCAUUCUUUAUAACUAGAAAUUACAGUGUGAGCAUCAUUAUUAUGAAAAUCUUAACAGUUGC